AUGACAUCAAACAGUGGUACAAGUGGUGGAGCUGCUACGAAAGAUGUGAAACUCACCCGACGGCCAAGUCCAAUUGGCCUGGCACACGUUGUUCUGCGAUCUACGCCAGAGCAAUACCAGAAAAUGGUCUGGUUUUACAAGGAGCUUCUAAAUGGAGAAAUAAUCCUCGAAGAAAAGACGUUCGCAUUUCUCCGUUACGACUACGAGCAUCACCGAGUUGGGAUUCUGAUGACACCGAACACACAACCUAGAAAAGGGGAUGUUGCAGGACUUGAACACGUCUCAUUCACAUUUGCUACACUUACCGAUAUGGCACGCAUCUAUCAGCACCUCAAAGGCGAGGGUGUUGAGCCAUAUUGGGCAGUCAAUCAUGGUAUGACUAGUAGCAUGUACUAUCGGGAUCCGGAACGAAACAAGGUGGAAAUACAGGUCGAGAACUUCGACACGCCGGAGGAGGCGGAUGCUUUUGUGAGGGGUCCCUUGUUUACCGCGAACCCAGUAGGCACAGACAUCGACCCGCCUUCAUGGGCGGAGCGUAUUUUGAAUAAGAUGAAGCCGAACGGAGAGGAAGGGUUGUCUGAAGAAGAAAUGAGAGAUAUCAAGGCGAGAAAAGAAAUUGGCCCUAGGCAUGAAAUACCUGAGAUCGCUCUUGCGGCAUAG